UUUAUGUUUGUAAUUAUUUAUGUACUUUAUAAAAUAGUUUAUAAACAAAUUCCAUACAAGUUGACCGGUUAUGAGGAGGAGCGAUCAAAUCCUGCAUAAACAGGGAAGACACUUCUCACGGGCUGCGUCCAAAAUCCCCUAUAUCACCCAGUAGGAUCUGCAUUUGAUUUGACUAGUAUGAAUCAUAGACUGUAAAGAAGUAUGUGAGACAUAACCAGUUAUGCACAACCCCAAUCCUGCAGCCCCUCGUUAGUCAUAGAAGACACCUUCAUUAGUCUGCGCUGUUACUUGUUUUGUUUGCGUUGCCAUUGAGAUAUCGCUGGACCAAUGAAAUCGAGCCAGAACCACGUGGUUGGAAGCACAGGAAGAAAGUAGAAAAACACCAAGUGACGUAAAAUGAGUAGACAUUUACUUUCGAUUUGUAGUUUCAAUAGACCAAAUGCUCGCGAAAACACCUCAUAUCUCCAGGAGCUCGUCGUGAGAAAGUUCUGAAAGAACGCUUCACUGAAAGGAGGAGAUGGACGAGGAGAUGGACAUGGACAUGUGUUUUCAGAGAGCGCUGCUGAGAGUGCAGGAGUCACUCAGUGCGGAUGAGCUGCAGGAUCUGCUGUUUCUGUGCUCGGAUCUGCUCUGUUCACGAGACCUCAACACUGUGAGCUCCGGACGCCAGCUCUUCACGCUUCUGCAGAACCAGGACCUGCUGUCAUUGGAGGAUCCAUCGCUGCUUAUAGAGCUGCUGAGCAUCACCAAACGGACCCGUCUCAUGCGCAGUCUGCAGUCGGAUGCUUGUAUGCAAACCAGUGGCACAGCUGAUCAGCCACUCCAACAACAGCAGCGCAUCUCCAGAUACAGACAGUUUUUGUAUGAGCUGUCAGAGUCCAUCUGCGAUCAGGACCUGAAAAACAUCAAGUUUCUACUAAUGAAAACGCUGUCACGCAAAAAACUGGAGCAGAACUUGACGCUGUUGCAGCUGUUUCUGGAGAUGGAGAAGGAGGACCUGCUGGGGGAAAAUAAUUUGGACGUCCUGCAGAGGAUUUUUGCAGAUAUCUAUCCCGCUUUAGGAAGAAAAAUUAAUCAGUACAAAGAAGAGAACUUAAAUGGAGUGUUUAUCGCUCAGGAGACUGAGGGGAUUUCAUCUAUAGCAGAUUUGCCGUCAGCACAGACUUCACUCUCGUCAGUUGAGAUGAUAGAUAGGGAGAUGGAUGAAAUUACUCUAAAUGAAAACGCUUCUGGGUUUAGCGGAGAUAACAGCCAGCAUUCGGAUUCAGUCAACUCAGGAAUCAUCAGCGAGAGUUCAGAAAUGCCUCAGAUUGAGAAUUCGAUGGUGGAGCAGUAUGAGAUGAAGGGGGAACGGAGAGGAGUCUGCCUGAUCAUCAACAACUAUGACUUCAGUGCCUGCGGAUGGCUGAACAGAGAGGGAACAGACAUCGACCACGACAGUCUGCGGGACGUGUUUGAGUGGCUGGGCUUUGAGAUCUUGACCCGUCGGGACUGUACAGGAGAUCAGAUCCUGCAGGCGCUGAUGGAUCUCUCGACUCAGGAUCACACACAGGCAGAUUGUGUCGUCUGCUGCAUCUUGAGCCAUGGACGUCUAAACGAUAUCAUUGGCGUAGAUGGAAAAGCUGUCCCUUUUAAGGAGCUGAUGGAGACCCUGAGUCCCUUUCGGUGCUCCUCGCUGUACCAGAAACCCAAGCUGUUCUUCAUCCAGGCCUGCAGGGGCACUCAAAACCAGCGAGCAGUGUUUCCUCAGACAUUCACUGAAGAUGAAGACGUGCUGGCCAGCGAUGCAGGAGUGCCCAGAGACUCAAUACCUGAGAUGGCGGAUUACCUGAUGGCCAUGUCCACUGUGCCGUGGUACGCCUCGUACAGGGACAAAUCCAAGGGAACCUGGUUUAUACAGUCCCUCUGCGACAACCUGAGACUGCUGGUGCCCCGGGGGAACGAUCUGCUCUCCAUCCUGACCAAGGUGAACGCUGAUGUGAGCAAAAAGUCUGAUAAAAGUGGUUUGAAGAAGCAGAUGCCACAGCCGGAGUUCAGCCUCACCAGGACGGUGGUUUUCCCUCCGCCAGGGCUUCCUUGAUGAUGCUCCAAACUGCAAACUGCUACCUUUCGUACUUUGAUUUACAGUCUUGUUUCUAGUCUGAAUAUCUAAACAUUCUUAAAUCAAGACAAGUAAAACUUGUCUUGUUUCCAGAAAUAAUGAGUCAAAAUGAAGUGAGUUUUCCCUUACAACAAGCUAAACAAUCUGCCAAUGGGGGACUGAAAUAAACCUGUUUUUCUUUUUGACGUUAUAGUAUUUCACUCACCUCAAUGGCAGAUUAUUUCAAUAGUAUCUGGAUGAUGCAAACAGAAACUGAUCGCUCAGACAUGCAAUGUCAGACACAAUGCACUCCAUGCAGCUAGUGACAUCAUGGGGUUAGGGGUGGGGUAAGGUAAGCGCAUUAAAAAGCAUUGGAUGCAGCUCAGAUUGCAUCUGCAGCCAGACCCCUCUCGAUUAUUUUGCUUGUUUUAAGGGAAAACUCACUUCAUUAUUUCUGAAAACAAGUCAAUGUGAUUUGCUCUUGACAUGAGUGUUUAGAUAUUUGGACUGGAAACAAGACAUAAAAAAAAUCUAUGCAAAAACAACCUCUCAAAGCCUCCAGCAGACACAAGCACACCGCUGUUCUGCAGCCAUGUUUACAGGAUGAGCUGGAGUCCUGAUGAGAUUUACUUGAAUAUUGUAAACAAAGGCUUUUCUUACUUUGAAUUUGGCUGUCCUUUCUUGUUUAAAUAUUAAAAAAAAUCUUAAACCAAGAAGCAUUUUUAGACAAUUUAAAAAUACAGCUUUUCUUUCAGAACUAAUGAGUCAAAAUGAAGCGAGUUAUUCUUUAAAACAAGCAAAAUAAUCUGCCAGUGAAUACAAUCAUUCUACCUCACUUGUUCAAAGGAAAAACUCAUGCAAUUUUGGCAUUAUUACU